AUACCUGCCAUCCAAAUAACUGUCCCACGUGUAACAAACCCAAUCUCCCAAUCCCCACAAACCUACAAAGCCGGCCAUGAAAAAGCUCAAAGCUGGGAUCGCCACUCCCCCUCUCUAUACAUUCAUCUAUGUUAACUCCCUUCCUUUUUCUUUACUACACAUUUUACAAUGCUUUGAUUUUUUCUUAUUGUUCGUUUAAUCACUCUUAAUCUUCUUUGUUAAAUUCUUAUUAUCUUAUCUUUAAUUUAGAUCUUAUAUCAUAAUCUUUUUCAGUUCUUGUUUCUAAGGCCAAUCUGAAAUUUUGUAAAGUUUGAAUCUUGGCAUGUGGGUGACUUUGCUUGUUUCUGAAAUCAGAAGAAAGAUCUGUCAUACUCAAUUUCUGCCUAAAAAUGUGGGUUCUUGUGGUGUUUCUGAGCUGUGAUCAAGGAACAGUUACACAGCUGUCCAUGUGAAGCCUCAAAACCAAGAAGAUAUAAUACAAAAAUAAUCAAAGGAAAUCAUGAAAGCAAGGAAAGUGAAUGUACAUUUUUGAGCUUGCUAUUUCUGGUUUAAGGGUUACAAAAUAAGGGAUCUGCUGUAUGUUUGAUGGAGUGAAUGGAAGAAAUGAUGGCACCAGGCACCAGUAUGUUACCCUGUAAUGGGGAAAUAGAGAAUGGAUUCUGUAAAGGGAAUAUGUCAGCAAUUGAAGAAAAUAAAGAAAUAUCUGAUGAUCUGAAUCAGCCAAAUGCAGGGAAGCCACCAAGAAACAAUCCAGGGAUGAGGCAUUGUAUUAGCCAAGCUAGCUUGGCAGGUACUUCUGCAUUGGAACCAAAUACAGUAAUGAUCGGUCUGAGGUCACCAUCAAGUGACAAUUGUGCUUAUGUCCCCAUCUUUCGCUCUGGAAGCUGUUCUGAUAUGGGACCCAAAACGUACAUGGAAGAUGAACAUAUCCGUGUUGAUAAUCUUCGGGAACAUGUUGAUGACUCCAAAGGUCUUCUUUCACAAGGAGCAUUUUAUGGUGUGUUUGAUGGCCAUGGUGGCGUUGAUGCUGCAUCAUUCACUCAGAAGAAUCUCCUUAAAUUUAUUGUAGAUGAUUCCCAUUUUCCAUCGAUGGUAAAAAAAGCUGUCAGGAAUGCUUUUGCAAAAGCUGAUAAUGCGCUAGCUGAUACGAAGUCUCUUGAUAAUACCUCUGGAACAACUGCUCUGGUCGCACUUAUUUUAGGAAGGACCAUGCUAAUAGCUAAUGCUGGGGACUCUCGAGCUGUACUAGGGAAGCGCGGAAGAGCAAUUGAAUUGUCAAAAGAUCACAAGCCAAAUGCUACUUCUGAGAAAUUGAGAAUUGAAAAACUAGGGGGAACGAUUUUUGAUGGCUACCUCAACGGACAGCUGUCAGUUGCCCGAGCACUGGGUGACUGGCACAUAAAGGGCGCCAAAGGUUCAAAGGGCCCCUUAAGCUCAGAGCCAGAGUUCGAAGAGGUGGUCCUGUCAGAAGAGGAUGAGUUCUUAAUAAUUGGCUGCGAUGGCUUAUGGGAUGUCAUGAGUAGCCAAUAUGCAGUUACAAUCGUAAGAAAGGAGCUCAUGCUGCAUAAUGAUCCUGAGAAAUGCUCAAAAUUUCUUGUCAAGGAGGCACUAAAACGUAACAGUUGUGAUAAUCUAACCGCUCUUGUAAUCUGCUUCUCUCAUGAUCCGCCACCUCGAAUUGAAAUACCAAGAACUACAAGGAGGAGAAGUAUAUCAGCUGAAGGACUGGAUCUUUUAAAGGGGGUGUUGAGUGACAUAUGAAAAGGAGAGUUUGGCAUCUGUUUAUAGAGAUAAAUUAGCAUACACCAUAGGUCAGCAAUUUUUCUGAGUUUCUGCUGUCCAUGGUUCAUAUUGAUCUGUUGCUGAGAAACACGAAGCUCCUGUAACCUUGGAGCCUCGAGGAACUCGGUGUUUGUCCUUUUUCUGUUACUAUUCUUUGAAUGUUAUGUGCUGAUUAUAAUUAUUAGAUGCAAGAUCCAUUCAUAGCCAAAGGGGUUCAGUUUGGUCUUUGUGAAGGGACUGACCAUAAUCUAUGAAAUGACUUUGGUUGUGUUUUCCUCCCCUCCCAAAAGAAGAAAAAGUUAAAAGUUUCCUUUCUCUACAAAAUGAUUGUAAAGCUGAGCAUUACUAGUGCAAACAAGAUGGAUGUUCUUGGUAUGUCACUUUUGUUACAUAA